AUGGACAGGCUGACUGAAGUGGACGACAACCUGGGGAGGGAUGAGGCUGAGGACUGUGAAAGCUUUCCAGGCCUGCGAGGCCCUCACAUGCCCAAAGCGGCUAGGCCCAGCUGGCCAAGUCUCAGACUCUCGGUGCCGAUGGCGCAACAUACCAGCGAGCCCACUGGCCCGUCAACCAAAGAGCCAGCGACCGGCUGA